AAUUCUUGACAGGGUUUCCAGAAACCAGUCUGCUCUAUCCGAUGGGUGUGUUCCCCUGUGCAGGCAGUGUCACUAGUUCUCUGUGUGUGGAUGUGGAGAUCUGGCACAAAUCAUUGUCAUGGGCCUUGGGGCUGCUCUUCUUGGACUUGUGUGUUUAAUAGAGCAGAGGAUCUGGGCACACUAUGGACCAUCUCCUUAUCCUUCAAUCUGGGCAGUACCAGGAACUGUGAUUUCCACAGGCAGUACUGUGACUGUCUUCUGCAGGUCCCCUCCAGGAGUGACCAACAUGCGUCUACAGAAUUUUUUACACAAUGAAAUAUGGUAUGAUAAAACCCCACAGGGAGACCAGGAGGUUUUUGAGUUCAGUCUGCAGAAUGUGAUACACACCCAUGCUGGGAUUUACUACUGUAGCUAUUACAAUGGAGGCAAAUGGUCACAAACUAGUGACAAAUUGGAGUUGAUUGUGACAGGUGCUUACAAGGAGAAACCAUCUCUUACUAUUGAUUCAGGACCCCAGGGAUUCUCAAAAAGAAAUGUGACUCUGGUCUGUCACACACAUCAUUUCUUUGACCUCUUCAUCCUCUGCAGAGAUGGAAAUGCUUCCUUUCCUCGGAACUGCUUACAACAGGACCAUAACACAUUCCUCAUCUCCCCUGUGAGCCCAGGGUACAAGAGGACCUACAGAUGCUUUGUAUCUCCCAAAGUCAAUUCCUAUUUGUGGUCAUUGCCUAGUGACCCCCUUGAGCUUUUAGUCCCAGGUCCAUCUGUGUCUCCCAUUGUGGUUUGGGUUACAGUUGCUGCUGUCUGCUUUCUCAUCUUCUUCCUCCUCCUCCUCUACCUCUGCCACCAUUGGGCUAAAUGCAAGACCAGCAGUGCUAAGACCAGGACCCAAGUGAAAUAUAAGAGCUCCAGCCCAGCCAUGGACAACGAUGAAAAAAUUAAAUAUGACGAAUUGGAAUGCAUUCAGCCUGAGAACUACUGCCAGGUGGACACAAAGUUGUCUGCAGUAGAAGACUCAAAGGAGGUGACUUAUGCCCAACUAUGCCAAGAGAUCUUCCUGGAGAACAUGGAUUCACUUCCCUCCAAUACUCUUCACCACAUGUCUACACAGACCUGUGUGUAUGCCACACUCAGAUUAUCCCAAGAGGAGAGCCAGAGCUACUGCUUGACUCUCCUGGAAGCUCGUUUGUCAGCACUUCUGGAGACUGGCUUUUUUCCAGUGGGAUAUGGGACACAGUUUAUGCCCCUCCAGGCAGACAGAUGGCUGACAUACAGCUGGCAGGAAGAGAUAAGUGAUGGCUUUAAAAGUUGUGUGCAAGUCAUCCUACUGAAGAAAUGGCCCUGUCUUGAUGACUCUCUCUUUUUUUUUGUCUUGAUGACUCUCAAUCAGGAAAGCUGGGGCUGGUACAAGCAGGGAGGAGGGGCGUUCUUCACCCUUGGCACAUCCUGUUCCUAUGUUCCAGGCAUCUAUAACUUUCCUACUUGGUCACAUAGUGCAGGACUGGGCUGCAGAACCAUGUCUCCAGCCUCACUCACUUUCUUCUGUAUUGGGCUGUGUGUACUACAAGUGAUCCAAGCACAGCAUGGCCCACUCCCCAAGCCUUCUCUCCAGGCUCAACCCAGUUCCCUGGUGCCCCUGGGUCAUCCAGUCACUCUGAGGUGCCUGGGGCCUUCAGAUGCGGAUUUAUAUCGUCUGGAGAAAGUGAAACCCGGGAAGUUGAUCUUCAUAGAUCAAGACUUUCUCUUCAUUCCAAUCAUGGAAAUAAAUAAUGCUGGACGCUACCGCUGCUCAUAUCAGAAUGAGAGUCAUUGGUCUCUCCCAAGUGACCAGCUUGAGCUAAUUGCUACAGGUGUUUACUCUAAGCCCUCACUUUCAGCUCAUCCCAGCUCAGCAAUCCCUCCAGGCAGGGAUGUGACUCUGAAGUGCCAAAGCCAAUAUAGUUUUGACGAAUUUGUUUUAUACAAAGAGGGGGAUACUAGGCCUUAUAAGAGACCUGAGAAAUGGUACCGGGCCAAUUUCCCCGUCAUCACAGUGACUGCUGCUCACAGUGGGACUUACCGGUGUUACAGCUUUUCCAGCUCAUCUCCAUACCUGUGGUCAGCACCGAGUGACCCUCUAGUAGUUGUGGUUACUGGACCCUCUGCCACUCCCAGUCAGGUACCCACAGAGGUACCAUCUCCUAUGACAGAAGCCUCCAGGAGACCUUCCAUGUUACUCACAAACAAAAUAUCUACAACUGAAAAGCCUAUGAAUAUCACUGUCUCUCCAGAGGGGCCAAGCCCUCCAUUUGGUUUUGCUCAUCAGCACUAUGCCAAGGGGAAUCUGGUCCGGAUAUGCCUUGGUGUCAUGAUUAUAAUGUUCUUGGUGGGGUUUCUGGCAGAGGAUUGGCACAGUCGGAAGAAACGCCUACAACACAGGAUCAGAGCUAUGCAAAGGCCACUGCCACCUCUCCCACUGGCCUAGAAAUAACAUGGCUUUCAGCAUAGGGAUUGACCAGAUGCUCAUAACCAUGGGCAUCACCAUUAGAGCCACAGGCAUAGACAGUUUAUAUAAAAAAUGAGUGUGGAGAAUAAAUAUGAGGCAGAGCAAACAAGGUAGGAUGGAGGGUCAUGAGCUUUAUUGAUCAAUCAAGCAGUUGAGCCAAUUUCUACUUUGCCCAAAGAACUCCACAUGGGAUGGAAAAGUCUAAGGGAAGUUUCUUCUGAUAUCUUGCACAUUAGAUAUCUUAAUAGAUCUGUGUAAUGGCCUUUCUUCAACCUUCUCUUACAUGGAUUCAAUAAUAAUUUACAAAAUGCCUGUUUUUCCACAGCUGACCUGCUCCAUAUUUGUGCCAAUCACUUGUUCUCUAAUAGUCUGUAUACUCUGAUAGUCCAUAGCUUUAGCCUUUACCCUAACCUCAUCUUAAGCCAUAGUCAUGUCUACUUUUUAGAAGGGAAAAGUGCCAUCCAGAAAAUUGGGUAGGGUGUUAUUUUUUAUUAUUAUAUAAUUAUUCAUAUGAUCAGCCAGUCUUUUUCUUUUGUUUAUAGUAGAUAUAUUUUGAAACUCAAAAUGGAUGCCUAAAACUAUAGAAAGUACCAAAUCCUGUAGCCAUUGUGAUUUUCCUACAUAUAUUCUUGCAUUUGAGUCCAUUAAAAUAAGAAGUAUCUGACUAGAAUAUCCGUGACAGUUGAUCCAAACAAGAUGGCUAUUACAUCUUCACAAAUAGGCAGGCAAUGUAUACAUAUCCACAAUGGUGAUUUAUUUUCGGAAAUGUAAUAGUGUGGGAUUGUGUAAAACUUUUAUUUCUACAUAUUUUCCACUUAAUAUUUUCAACCUAAGGUUGAAUACAUGUGAGGGAAACCAUAUGAAACAAAACCACACAGGAGGGGACACUCUUGAAAACCGUAUCUGUGACUUCCCUGUAUUAGAAAGAGUCUUAACUUUAUCUGAAAGGCCAGCAUACUAAAAUUCAGAUAGGUUGGUAAUAAUUAUUUCUGGAAGAUGAGGAUUGUGAAGGGAAUGAUGGAAGUACUAUUAAAGAGUUCAGGACAAUAUAUUUUUUAGUGUGAUGAAGAUAUUUUUGAACUAGAAAGAGGUAAUGGUUGUCCAAUAUUGUUAGUGUGCUAGGAGCCAUUGACGAGUUCACUUAAAACAACUAGUAAGGCAGCUGAGAAAAGUAGUUAGUGCUAUACUAGCACUUGGGAGGAAAGGUAAGAGGAUAUUGAGUUCAAGGCUGGCUUUGUACUACAUAUGAUUCCCCAUCUCAAAAACAAAUGCAAUCUUGUGAUAACAAUGUAUUGUGUAUUUAAAGGACAGAAUAAUUUUGAAUGUUUUCAACAGAAAAAGAUAUAUUAUAUAAUGUACAUAUGUAUACCCCAUAAAAUGUACAAUUUUAGUUUUUGUGUGUUAAAUAUUGAUUUUAGCAGAGGGUAAUUUAUGUUUUAUGAAUCAUAUCCCCAAAAAUAUUAAAAGAAAAACCUGUCUUUUUGGUAU